AUGGGUGAACCGUGGGGCGAUGCAACAAGUGGCUGCAUGAGUUGCACGUACGAGUCGAGGGCCAAAGUGUUCUUCUUCGACAAGUGCAUCGCUUUGUACGCGCUUGUAUUGUCGGUGUCGAACACAGUCACGUCCACUGAUGUGGUCCUGGUGCCGGUGGCACGUCGGUCGCGAACGAAUGCUUGUACCAUGGCUACCGAUGCUUUGAACGCGGGGUAUUGGUCACAUGCGAUGUCGUGUUGGACGGCGGGGCUGCCUCAGUGA